GGAGGCCACUGGUUGUGUUGGUCAUCCUGUGGCGUGACGUGGCGAGGCAUCCGCUCCGAGACAGUUGUGUUAUCGCGGCUCUGGUGUGUGCGUCGUCGUUGCCCAUGUCGCGUGCUUAAAUUAGUGAUCCGCGGUGCAUCUUCCCUUAUUGGUACUGCUUGGAUGUCUCGUAAAACGCUUGCCGUGAAAAGAAGCGUGUAUCAGCUUGAGAUCGGCCUUGUCUAUGUUGUCCUGAUCGACCCAUUUAAGUGAUGCUACUCGCACUGUGGUAGUAGUGUGUGGAACGCCUCCCGAACUCUGGCCUUUGAAGGAAAGUGUGUUAACGUUUGUAAGGCCAGCAGACCAAAGGCGAUGGGACCUAUCCAAUUUUAUUCGAUUCGUCAUUCAAGUGUUGCGACUCGAAGUGCUGUUUUCCUUAGCGACAGUGUUAAAAACGUCUCAUGACACCCUUGUGAUCAGUGCAUUAACAGUGGAGCGAUCGGUUGACCAAAGGCGCUGUCCAGAGUCGGCUGCGUCCUGCCCUGCCACACAGAGGCGGUGAUGUGCUGCCCGUGACAAGAGUUGCCGUCCUUGAGGUGAUGGUUGUCGCUGCUUGUGUCACGAGGGUAAGCUGUUCCUCCAGCGUCGUCACGUGACCAGGACGCUGCAAAGCGAGGCUCAGCUGAUGGCCGUGCACGAUGUCUAAGGUGAAGUACGGCGUGUUGCAGUUCGUCCUCAGGGGCAAGCAUCGACUGAGGGCCAAGGAGCAGCAGAUCUCGGCCAUCCAGGAGCACGAUGACUCCGUGAUGCUGAGGCGGCGCGGCUCACGGCCCGGACCCUACGAGGAGGGCAAGCGGUCCACUAUCAACCUUGGCGUGGAGGACCUGCCCGCCGCAUCCAAUCCCGAGUCCUUCUCAAGGUUCUACACUGACGAUGAGGCCUUAACAUCCCCCGCGAGGCGUCCUUCUUCCUCCAACGACCUGGACAGCUUCUCGCCAUUCCUCAUGCGGGAGUACCUGCGUGUGGAGGACGCGGAGAUGCGGCAGCAGCUAGUCUCCUGUGUCGAGGAGAAGGAAAACAAGCUGCGCGAGAGGCGGAAGUCUCUCAUCGUGGCCGAGGACGUCGCCCCUCCCCAGGGCAGGACAGGCCACGGCCCCUGCCGGCCCCUGGAAAACUUGCUGUCGAUGAAGGACGCGUCCGCCUCCAAGGAGGACUCUGUUUUCCUCUGUGGGUCUGAGAAAGGUGGCGAGAUGGACGUUCAGUCCCCAGCCAAGCAAGAGGCGAGCAUGUUCGCCACCCCGCAGAGUCUGGCGGCAGAUGCCGCGCUGACCUCGCAGACCCCGCCCGUGCCGCCGCCCAGGAAGAAGCGAGACGCACGGAGGAGGAUAGGCGUCUAUCGAAUGGACUCCUCUGGGUCGAGCACGCCCUGCACCCCCACCAGCCCUGGCACCUCUGGCUUCCCCGGCACUCAUGUCGUUCCUGGCAACCAUGACACUGCCGGAACAUUCUUCCUCGGCAGCCCCGCCACCCCGGGCAGCCCGAGCUCUGCCAGCCUGGACAGCCUCUCGCCCUCAGGGGACAACUGUUUUUUCGGCAGGAAGGGGAUGUAUGAGUACACAUCUUCGUCCCAGGACAACCGAGACACCACGGCAACCCCCGAUACGCUGCGCACCUUAAACUCCACGCCCGAGACGCCGGGCUCUCCCAGCAGCCCCGACAGCCCCGGCCGCUUCUUCACCAAGAGCCUGCACCUGGAGGACGGCGCCAUGCCGGAAUUCGCCCAGAAGUCCCACACGCUGGACAACCGUAGGCACAGGCGAAGGGGCAAGAAUGACACUUGGGACGGACAUUUGGGGCAGAGCACAGAGGACCUGCCACAAAUAGGAACCCCCAAAGAGCUUCGGCGAAGUAUGAGCGAGUACCACACCUCGGACACCGGCGGGAGCGGCAACAAAGCACGGUGCGCCAGCGAGUCCUCCAAGAAGGACAAAGGCAAGGCGCCCGCGUCCAUCCGCGACCGUUUAUUCCGCCAGAGUAAGAAAGAUAACUCAGCGAAGGGCCUGUCCUCCCGCGCCUUCAAUAGGUGGUCCAAGAAGGGCAGCUCCAGGCAGCGCAAGGAGAGCAGCGAGGACCACACUGACGGCGAGGCUGAAGGUAACGACACUGUGCCGCCUGCUGUAGCUGCUGCUUCUGAGCCUACCGCUGCUGCCUCUACUGCUGCUGAGAGAGAGAGAGAGAGAGAGAGAGAGAGAGAGAGAGAGAGAGAGAGAGAGAGAGAGAGAGAGAGAGAGAGAGAGAGAGAGAGAGAGAGAGAGAGAGAGAGAGAGAGAGAGAGAUCAUCCUGAUUAAUGCAUCUGGGA